GCUCCCUCGCCUGCCGAGUCACGGGCGUGACGACCCUCCAUGCCGAGUGGACGUCCUCAAGAAGCUGGAGGAAAUUUUUUUGCUGUGCUGGCCCACCAGAAACUCAGUCUUCAACUUGCAUUAAUAUCAAUGAGUCUGAUUACGUGAAACCUCCACCCCCACCAGAGCUAGAACAGGAAGAUGAAGACUUGUAUAUUGAGGCCGAGGCGCAAACUUCCAACGUGGAAAUCCCAGAAGGAAAUAGGUGGCGUUGGUCACGGUUACAUAAUGAAGUUGAGGUGCAAACAUCGCUUGUUUCACUGCCCAUUGAGGAGAUAGAGUCAGCCUCAGAGACUGACGCUCAGGUCCAAACCUCGUUUCUGAGUUUUCCAAGAGACGCCGAGGCCCAGGCACAAACCUCCUUUCUCUCCUUACGGAGUCUAGCCCCAUUUGAAACUGAGGCCCAAGUACAAACUUCAUUUACUGAACUACCGAGAGAAUCAUGCGCUGAAGCUCAAGUGCAAACAUCACUGGGUUUUUUGCCCAGAGAAACAGAGGCCCAGGUGCAAACCUCCUUUCUCUCCUUACGGAGUCCAGCCCCGUUUGAAACUGAGGUCCAAGUACAAACUUCGUUUAUUGAACUACCGAGAGAAUCAUGCACUGAAGCUCAAGUUCAAACAUCACUGCUUUCUUUGCCCAGAGAAACAGAGGCCCAGGUGCAAACCUCCUUCCUCUCCUUACGGAGUCCAGCCCCAUUUGAAACUGAGGCCCAAGUCCAAACUUCGUUUACUGAACUACCGAGAGAAUCAUGCGCUGAAGCUCAAGUGCAAACAUCACUGCUUUCUUUGCCCAGAGAAACAGAGGCCCAAGUGCAAACCUCCUUUCUUUCCUUACCUGAGAGGGAGUCUGUCAUCUCAAUUCAGGUGCAGCCCUCCUAUAGAGAAGUAUUGGAGAAAAUAGCUUCUUUACCAAUGUUAGUUGAGGCCCAGGUACAAACUUCAAAUCUUGAAAUGCCUCCUUCGCAAACAGACAUCCAUGUUCAGACUUCGUUUUCAGACUAUAUGUCAGAAAAAGAAGAUACAUCAUCCAUAGACACUGAGCAACAGAGUAAGAGGUCUCCUUCUCAGCUGUCAGAGAUGGAUUUCAGCACAUUGUAUCCCUUAUACACUGAUGCUGAGGUGCAAACAUUACCUGUGGCAAUACCACCUGGGAAUGACUGGCGUUCUGCACGGCUUAAAGCUGCUGCCCAGGUACAAACAUCGAAUAUUUCACUAGAAAAGCCUGUUCCUCUGCCACAAGGUGUAAUACUGGUGCAACCUUCAAAGCUCAAGUUAGAUAAAGGAGAGGAGUUGGAGGCCCCUCUUGCCAUAGAAGAGAAGUCUUUCCCAUCUGAACCGAUUGAAAUUGGAGUACAGACAUCUGACCCUGAGAUUUUGGAAAAGGAUAAGUGGCGUUCGUCACGAUUACAGUCUGAUGCACAAGUCCAGACAUCAACUAUUGAACUGCUAAAGAAGCUUUCUGUGCUGUCACAGAUUGAAACAAUGGAAUCCCCUUCCCGUACUGAAUUACUGAAGAAAGUUUCUUCCCUGUCAGUGACUGAUCCGCACAUGCAAUUACAGAGGAAGCCUUCUUCUCUGUCAGAAUCUGUAGAUCAAGUCCAGGUCUUAAACUCUGAGCUUCUGAAGAUGCGCCCUUCUUCAGCACAAGUGAUACCGACCUCAGGUUAUGAGCCAGCAGGGAAGCUUCAACUCUCAACCCCAACAAGAGAAGUCCAGGUACAAACAUCUGACCUGGAACUACUGAAGAAGCUCUCUUCUUCAUCUCUGAUUGAGCCCCAGGGAAGGACUUCAGUCACUGAUCUGCAUAAGUAUUCUUCCUUGUCUCUGGUUGAGACCAUGGAUGGAAAUCAGGAGGAGGUGAUAGAAGGAAGGGAUUAUCUUAUUACACCUCAAAUAAUGGAAGCUCAGAUCCGCAAGUGGUACCAUGAAUUUCCUGAAGUGCAAAUAGCCUCUCAGGCACCAGUCCAAAGGGAGCCUCUUGUAUCACUGACAGUUGACAGUGAGGUACAAACAUCUUCUGUUGAAAUACCCCAGGGAAAUAAGUGGCGGGCAUCACGCCUUCAAGCUGAUGCUGAGCUGCAGACCUCUGAGCAUGAGCUAGCAGUGGGAGAAGGGGAACCUUGCCAUCAAUCAUGGAAUGACACCCAGACACAAACAUCCUUGCUUGAAAUAUGGCAAGCAAGAGGUGCAGCUGAUGCCCAAAUACAGACUGCGGACUUUGAUUUAGCCAGAACAGAAACAGAGGUCCCUCCUCCCUUAGUAAUUGACAGUCAGGUGCAAACGUCAUCAUUUGACAUUUCGAAGGCAGAAGAAAGAGCUGAUGUUCAAACACAGACCUCAGUAACAGAGUUGCCAAAGCAGGUGACUGAGUCUCCUCCAACAGAACAAAUUGAGAGACAGGCACAGACCUCGUUUCUUGAAAUAUGGAAAGCAAAAGAGCCAGACGAAGUGCAGGAGAAGAAAUCUGAAUUCCUGGUGCGAAAGGAAGAGAAUUCUCCAUUACACACAGAUGUGGAGGUACAAACAUCUGUGCCAGAUAUGUGGAGGGAAAAAGAAAAAGCUGACAGACAAGCACAAACUUCCCUACUUGAGAUUCCAGCUGCACAAGAAGAGCUUCCUCAGUCAUCACAAACUGAUGCUGUGGUACAAACCUCAGAUGUUGAAAUUCCUACGGGAAGCACAUGGCGUGCAUCACGCUUGCACACUGACGUUCAGCUGCAGACCUCAAUGCUGGAUAUGAAAGAGGCAGAAUUAGAGUCUCCUCCACCAUCACAAAUGGAUUCCCAGGUGCAAACCUCUCUCCUUGACAUAUGGAGGACAAAAGAUCUCCGGGAUUCCCGGGCACAGACCUCUCAGACAGACGUGGAAAUAUCCUUGGAAGAGCCUCCUCUGCCCCCACAGCCUGAAGAUGUUGUGCAGUUCCCCACACUAGAGACCGAUAAGACUCCACCUCCCUCUCAACUUGACUCUGAGGCGCAAACCUCCUUCCCUGACAUAUGGAAGGCAAAGGAAGUAAGCGAUUCCCUGGCACAGACCUCUGAGAUGGACAUGUCAGAAUCCUUGGAAGAACCUCCUCUCCCAUCUCAAUCUGAAAACGUCGUUCAGUUACCCACACCGGAGACAACCAAGUCUCCUCCCCCAUCUCAACCUGAAACUGAGGCACAAACCUCCUUCAUUGACAUAUGGAAGGCAAAAGAACUAGGUAAUGCCCAGAUACAGACAUCUCAGAUGGAUUUGCCAAAAUCCAUGGAAGACCCUCUUCUCCAAUCACGACCUGAAAGUCCAGUGCAAAUAGCCACCCCUGAAUCUCAACCCCCCGAACAACUCAACCCUGAGAAGCAAACCUCCUUGCUUGAAAUGUGGAAAGAAAGGGAGCCAAUGGAAAGCUUUGAAUUGCCGAAGUCAAGCCCGUCGCCAACUGGUACCAGGGCCCAAUCCUCACAACUGGAUCUGCAGACCCUGGAUGCGCCACCCAGUGCCCAGAUGCUGUCUUCCAAGACCGAUUUGGCUAGUGCCACUCCUGAAUCUACCGUCCCUGCCAGCCCAGUGUGCCUGCCAACAUCUGCCAGUGUGGAAGCUGCGCUCCCUGCACAGACUCAGGAACCAAUAUCCCUGCUUGAAGUGUGGUCCUCUAGACAAGAAGCAGAAGUACAAAAGCAAACUGCUGAUCUUGGCUUGCCCUUUGAUGAAGAUUCGCCUUUAUUUCCAAUGCUAUUGGAAAGCCAAGAGGAGAAGCGACCAGAACAAAUGUCCAGCGUGGAGAAGAAGCCCAAACCUCCCCUAUUUACUGAAGCACAGGUACAAACUUCCUUUGUUGAAAUACCCAAGGGCAAGAAAUGGCGCACAUCUCGCCUGUGUACAGAAGCUCAGGUGCAAACCUCAUUUCCUGAUCUCCGUGUGAAGGACAGGAUACCAGCCUUACAGAAGAUGGUCAGUGAUCAUGUGCCAUCCAGAAGGGUCCCCAAAGGACCAAAGCGAGCAGCCCCAGUCUCAGUGCACUUACAUGUGAAGAUGUCUCCGAAGCGCCGAACUAGCAUUGAAAAAAAAUAGCAAAUACCUGAAUUUAAAGAAAUAAAAGAUUGCAAAAUACCACACAUAUACCCAAAGACUGUUUCUGCCUCUAGUCAAUAAACACAGCUGGUGAAAAUUACAAUGGGCUUCAACAGGUCUUCUUCAUUCCUUUUAAUUUAAAAUUGGCACCCAUAAGAUUCACACAUUGCAUUUUAAAUGGAUAAGGCAGGACCGUUCUAAAACUGCCUGAAGACAGGUGCAUCAUGUCAGCAGCACCCUUGCCAGAGAGCCAGAAUUGGCUGUGGCUGCCUGCAGGAAUGGCACAGUGUGAAAAAGUCCACAGAGCUGACAUUGACAAGCCAUUCAGUGUUAGGUUUAUAAUCAGACGCAUUCGUUGUCAUAGGUGGAACGUGUGAUUUUGAGUCCUGUUUCAUAGUAUACUGUUAGUGCUUCACCAAAUAUGAAGACCGUUCAAGAAAAAUGUUGUUUGCUAGAAAACCAUUGGUAAUCACAGAGAAAAACGUUAUUUUAUCUCCAGUUUUGAUGAUCAGGUAUGACUUGAAGAGGACAUGGUAGUACCCUUAAUCCUAAAUUAUCCCUAGCACAGCGUAGCAUAUUUUAUAAGACAAAUUUAUGCCUGAUUAUGUGGGCCAAACAUUGCAAUGCUGUGCAGUCACAGCUACUAAAUAAAUUAUUUUCUCACAACAGUUUAUCUGUUAAAAGGUUGCCCCAGAUUGGAAAAUAAUUGAACGAACUUAUACUUACCGAAAAAAUUGUCAGGAAAGCAUCUGGAACCUUUCAUCUUAUAGACCAGAAAACAUCAACAAUAAUCCUUAUCUUAAAACCGUUUUGCAAAUAUGGGACAACAAAAGAUCCAAAUAGUCAACAUCUACCUCACUUCUCUCCCAUUCUACAGGCCAGCGUUUUAAACCAGCGAAGAGCAGAGAAUCCUUUUCACAUUGGAAGAGAAGCAAUCCAGUCAGACUCAAGAGAUGUACUAAAAAAUAGAAGCUUACUGGAAAAAUCAAAAAUUGAGGAAAAAGCAAAAAUAAAAAUUCCUUGGUAUGAAUACCUUCAGGUAAAACACUUGAUUGAGGACCCAAGCAUUAAAGUCAACUUAAGUAAACCACUAACUGAAUUUGAAAAACUGGCAAAAGACAGAACGGGCAACAACAAAGGUGCCAUACCCAAACUUUAUAACAUCUAAGCUAACACAUUCUAAAACGAUGUCAUACCAAAAUGCAUGGCAGAGAGAUUGUAAAAUACCUCCUAGUGAAGAAAAGUGGCAGGACAUUUGGCAAUCACGUAUAUUUACCACAAAAAUUCUAAGUAUUAGAAUGCAAUCUAUGAAAAUCAUGACAAGAUGGUAUUUGACUCCAACAAAAAUGCACUACAUGAACUACAAGUCCCCCCUAAUUGCUGCUGGAAAAAUUGUGGUGAGGGGUACUUUUUUCAUUGUUGGUGGGAGUAUAUCCACAUACAGCAAUUUUGGUGUUAGGUGAUCAAGCACAUCAAAUCUAUGUUAAACUAUACAAUUCCAUUGACACUAGAAACCAUUCUCCUAAAUGAUUGGCACGAUGAUUCAAGUCCAACCAUAUGUAAACAUUUAAUAUCAAAUCUCUUAUCGGCUGCCAAAUCGGUCAUAGCUUCCUUAUGGAAGGAAAAUUGAGUGCUGGCAAUUUCAAAUUGGCUUUCUCUCACUUGGGAUCAAUUUAUCAUGAAGAAACUAUUGGAUCAAAUAAAACACUCUGAAGUGCCAAAUUAUAAAUCAUACUUCAUGGAGCUAUGGAUUUCUGUCUUAGAGUUCUUGACGAAAGAAGAUUUUGUAAAAAAAAACUCAUGUCAACUCAAGACUAUUACAACCCGCUUGUUUAUUCGUAACAACUUUUAUAAAGUGACAGCAUACAGAAAAUAUUUGUUUAAGAUCAAUAUUUCAUCUGAACAGCGGAGGAAUUCCACUUAGAAACUUGAUGCCAUAUGUAAAUAACAAUUUUUUCUUUUUUGUAUAUAGUUCGUUGGAAAUGUGUUACCAGAUUUGUUAUAUAUCUCUGUAUAAGU